AUGGAGUUCACUUCCCUAGAUGACUUUAGGGAGGCUAUACGUGAGUGGACAAUUUUAAAUGGGAGGGAAAUAACAUUUGUAAAAAAUGAGGGGUAUAGGGUGAGAGUUGAAUGUAAGGCCAAGUGUGGUUUUUUAAUGCUUUGUUCCAAAGUGGGCCACAAGCACACUUAUGCUAUUAAGACUAUAAAGGAAACCCACACAUGUGCUAGGGUUUUGGAUAACAAAACUGCAAAUUCAAAGUGGGUGGCCAAGGCAGUUGUAAAGAAAAUGCAGACUUAUGACAACUUGAGGAUCUGUGAUAUUAUUCAAGAUAUGAGGCAAAAUUAUGGAGUGGGUAUCACUGUGGGCAGGGCAUGGAAAGCAAAAAUGAUAGCAAGACAAAUGAUAGAAGGGGAUGCAGACAAGCAAUAUUCAAAUUUGUGGAGGUAUGCAGCUGAAUUGCAUAGGGUGAGUGCUGGAAACACUGUAAAGAUCAACAUUGAGAGACCGUCACCUUCCAUCCAACCAAGGUUUGGUUCUUUCUAUUUCUAUUUUGAGGGAUGUAAAAAAUGGUUCAUAAAUGGUUGUAGACCUUUUAUUGGGGUGGAUGGUUGUCAUCUGAAGACUAAGUAUGGAGGUCAGUUGUUGAUAGCAGUGGGAAGGGACCCCAAUGAUCAAUAUUUUCCACUGGCCUUUGGGGUUGUUGAAACAGAAACAAAAGAAUCUUGGAAGUGGUUUAUACAGUUGUUAAUGGAAGAUAUUGGAAUAGAGAAGAGAUAUGUAUUUAUCUCAGACCAGCAAAAGGGUUUGGUGGCUGUAUUUGAAGAAAUGUUUGAGAGAAUUGAGCACAUACUUUGA